GCGGGGCCGCGGGCCGGGCCGCGGGCGGGCGUGGGCGGCGCAGCCCGCAGGCAUGGGCUGCUCCGCCAGCGCGGCCCCGCCCCCACGCGAGCUCAAGUCGAGCGAGCUCCCCGUGAAGCUGGGGAGGGGCGAGAUCCGCCUCAGGAUCGAGUCGCUCCUGGAGGACUUCGAGCCCAUGGUGGUCGUGGCGCACAAGCGCGCGGAGGUCCGGUGGAUUGCUGAGCUCCUGGAGAAGGAGCGGGGCAUCCCGCUGAGGCAGCAGGUGCUGUCGCUGGGCUCGGGCGCCAGUGGGGACAGGCUCAAAGUGUGGAAGGGCAACCGGAUCGGCGACGCCGUGAAGGCGCAGACCGACGGGCUGAUAGUGCUGAGGGUGGUCGAGCCUCCCCCCCGGCCCCUCUUCAAGAUCGCCGGGAAGGCGGCCGUGAUCUCCGGGGAGCACUCCACCGUCACGACGCACGUCGCGGACGCCGUGGCCCCGCGGCGCGCCGCGGCGGCGGCGGCCUCCACGGCCCGCCCCACGUGGGACGCGCCGCGGGGGUCGCCGAGCCGCCUGUCGGUGGAGGCGCCCGGGCUCGAGCGGGGCUCGCCCAUGAACUCGCCCUGCUCGGGGGGGGACUUUUCGGCCAAGAGCAGCCGGAGGUCGGACGGCUCCGACUCGGAGGACUUCGACCCGGCGUUCGGCGCCCCUGCCAAGCCCAGUCUGUCGUUGACCAACGUGGUCGCGGACGACACCACCGGCCCUGUCUACGCAGAGCUGCGGGUGCUGAGUGGCCGUGAGAAGGACGGGGCCGUCUGCAGUUUUAUCGGCGCGAUCGUCAUGAAGCCGGACUUGAGACUAAACGGAUGGCACAACAGCAGUUCCAACAUGGAGGCGUAUUUCCUGGACAUGCGCAAAGGGGGUCCCAUUGGACAGGGCGAUUGGACGGAGCCCAACGAGGGAGGCGGCUUCAAUUCGUUCAAGGUCGGCGACACGCUGGGCGUGCUGGUGCGGGUCGGGCCCGAAGGGUUCGUCCGCUUCUUCAAGAACGGCAAGAAGUGGGGCGGCAAUGCCACGCCGAAGAGACCGAUCAAGUCGCCUCUGGUGAUCGUCGUCCACUCCAUGGACGACAAGGGGCUGUCGUACGAGCUGCUCCCCGACGCGACCGCGCCCGCGGGAUUCUGA